AUGCGUUUCUCAUCCAUCAUAAGCCUUGCAGCUCUUGCAAUUGGUCAUGGAGAUGCUGCAAGUAGCUAUGUCAAAUCCAUGUCGCCGAAUGCGCAACAGCUCUUCACUGAGUCAAUGGAAUGGAUGGAUACCUUCUACGAUAAGAAAGCAGGUUACCUAUACGACUUCAGCGCCUCGGUAGCUCUCCGCCAUGAGACACGCAGCUCAGUCUGGUAUGCCUUUGGUCUUUUGGCAAGAAACGAGGGGUCAGAUGCCGCCGAGGCUGAGAAGAUCAUCAGAAACACCAUUGAUGCUCAGUAUAAGGUCCCUGCUGAUGAAUGGUAUGGAGACUAUCAGCAGGAGCCUGAAGAGCCUUACGUUGGAAGCCCAGCUUAUCCUCCCAAGAUCUACGGUAGCUGGGACCCCAACUGGCGCGGUUUCGUUGGCACGACUCUAGUCAUGUGUAUGGAAGAGUUUCCUCACUUGCUCAGCAAGAGCACUCAGAAUCUGAUUCUACACUCCCUGCAUAACGCGACCAAGGGCGACGAGUACCGUUUCGGACACCUCGACAAGACGAAGGACAACCUCUACCCCUCCUACAGUAACCCUUCUAUCAUGCGUGCCUUUGUUUCUGGCUGGACCGGCCGUCGUCUCAAUGACCGAAACAUGACUGUUGGUGGCGAGAAGUACGCUCAAGAUAUCAUCGAUCUCUUCAACAAGCACAACACCCUCUCCGAGUUCAACUCGGGAACCUACACCGGCGUGUCUCUUUUCGGUCUCAUCUUGUGGAGUAAGUACUUACCCAAGGACUCAGUAAUGACUAAGAACGGGCCACGAAUGGUUGAGAGAACCUGGGAUGCUGUUUCCCAGCUGUGGCACCCCGGUAUGAAGAACAUAGCUGGUCCCUGGGAUCGAGCUUACGGUUACGAUAUGAACCGCUACCUUAGCUUAAUGGCUCUGUGGUUCUGGACUUUGACUGGAAAAGAGAGCUCCUCCCUGACUUCUCACGUAUUCAAUCCCUGGUCCUUACGGCGGCUGCUGGAUUACUGA